CACACAGCGAGGAUGCACAGCGGCGCUCUUAGUGUCGAAUCAACGUCGGAUAACUACUUAUUUCGGCGGUGACUGCCUAAAUCCUGCCAGCGCUCCCCUCGUUCAGCGCGUCAAGCUCACUUUUUCGGCCGAAGCCGUCGGGUUGCUCGCUCCAGAUUCGCUCCAGAGCCGGACUCCGCAGACGUUACGUCGGGACAAUGGAAUCUAACGUGAUCCCGGACAGUAUCCGCCCUCAGAGGCUGCAGCCGGGGAUCGGCUUCGGUUCGGGACCGACCGGGACCCUCCGCUCCUCCCUCCGGCCCGGGGUGACGGUGCCCAUCGCGCCGCUGCUGCCCUCCCCGGCCUCUCUGUCCGCCUCGUCCGGGCCUCCGCCGCCGCCGCCUCCGCUGCAGCUCCACAGCCUGUACGGCGGGAUGGCGGCGGGGCUGGGGCCGGGGGCCGGCGGCCACUGUAACCCCGGGAACCCGGCGGUGCUGAAGGAGGCGGUGGAGGCGGUGGUCCGCAGCUUCGCCAAGCACACGCAAGGUUACGGCAGAGUGAACGUGGUGGAAGCUUUGCAGGAGUUUUGGCAGAUGAAGCUGACCAGAGGAGCCGACCUGCGGAACGGAGCUCUAGUUGUUUAUGAAAUGGUGCCGUCCAACAGCCCUCCAUACGUCUGCUAUGUUAGCCUUCCAGGGGGCAGCUGCUUUGGAAGCUUCCAGUUCUGUCCCACUAAGGCAGAAGCGAGACGCAGCGCUGCCAAGAUUGCCCUGAUGAACUCGGUUUUUAAUGAGCACCCCUCGCGUCGGAUUACGGACGACUUCAUCGAGAAGAGCGUGAACGAGGCGCUGGCCUCCUUCAAUGGAAACAGAGAAGAGGCCGACAAUCCCAACACAGGAAUCGGUGCGUUUCGCUUUAUGCUCGAGUCCAACAAAGGAAAGUCCAUGCUGGAGUUUCAGGAGCUCAUGACUGUGUUCCAGCUGCUGCACUGGAAUGGAAGCCUCAAAGCCAUGAGAGAACGACAGUGUUCCCGACAGGAGGUGCUGGCUCACUAUUCCCAUCGGGCCCUGGACGACGACAUGCGCACUCAGAUGGCCGCCGACUGGGUGAACCGGGAGCAGAGCGUGGCCAGCACUAUCGCGCAGGAGCUGGCCUCCACGGAGCGAGAACUGGAGGACGCCAGGCUGGCGGGCAGAGAACUGCGUUUUUACAAAGAGAAGAAAGACAUCCUGAUGCUAGCCGUGGGUCAGCUCAGCGCCGCCAACACUGCCACUCUGCCCUCGCACUAAACCGACCGGACACAUGCCUUCACGCUCCGUAGGAUUUCCUGGUAACAGUAUUGAUCGCUUCAUAGGUGACCUGUCUGAACUUUUUUAGGGUUUUUUGUUACGAGGACCAGGUAAUCAGGCCUUGACUUACAGCAUACAUAUCCGUCCGUUAGAUAACCACCUAUAGCCGUUACCUCUUUGUGCCUAGUGAUUACAGGAUAACAGUGCUUUUUUUUCUUCUUUUUUUUAAUAAAAAGAAAUGCCUGUAAAAGUGCUCGGCAUACUACAUACCUAGGGUGUUACUUACUCAAAGUAGACCUACAGAAAGCCUUCUUCUGGUCAGUGAAUGUACGGGACAUAAGUUGCUAUGACCCAUCAAACCAAACAGUUAUAUGAACCAUUUCUCCAGUCAGACCUGCGUGUUUCUUUUAAAGGCUUUGGAUGUGUUUUCUUGCGUAAAGUAUUUUGGAUGUUAAGAUGCCAAAUGAUCUGGAUUGUAAAACUCUGACAGCAAGUACCCCGCGUCUAUUCAUACGCCAAACAUUUCUAGAAUAUUACCACAAAAUCUGAAAUGAACAGGUUAAAUGAUGUUUUCUGUAUCUGAAUGAGACUGUAAAUAUAUGGAAACUUCACCCCUGAAAUAAUACCAGAAUUCCAGGAAGCAUUAAAACCUCUUUUUUUUUUUUUUAGGUCAUGUAAUAAUAAGUGGGUACUUUGCAAAAACAAAAUUAAAACGUCUGCAGAUGUCAGCUCAGGUUUUUGAAACCAUCACUUUGUUUUUUUACUUUUGUUUGUGACGGCGUUUGACUAUUACACUAAACCACGACACUAGCCGAAUGUAUAUUUUCAGUGUGCUAUCAACUAAAAGACGCUCAAACCAACGCUGUUACAACUAUGGAAGUAUUCUCGUGUUACAGAUCGUGUUUGUCAUGUGAGCUAUAAAAAAAGUUGGUGUCUGUUUGGACUAAAACGCUGUUGGAGGUCUCAACAUUGAUCCGAGUUCAGAUGAAGGCCAGAAAAUGAUUCAUGAUGUUUGAGUCAUUGUAGUCAAUACAAAACAGUACCAGCUCCUGUGGUUUCUGUUUUGUUUUUUUUGAAGAUACUGAAAGCAGAAUUUUUUGUUUUUCUUCACCGGUGCUGGUUUGUCCAUAGGCUAAAAACAUAACUCGCACUUAUUACUUUUUUUUUUUCAUACUGUAAAUGUAAAACUUUAUAUUGCUACGUGUAUCCGAAAUGUAUUUUAAUACAUUAUGAAGGUGAAGGCGUUUUAACAGGUAGCGUUUGAGAGACCUCUCUCAAAGGAGGCGAGAGUUUAAUUGAUAAUGUGGCUCCGGUUGGAAGGAAAUGUGGCCUGAAAGUAUAAAAGUUAAACAGCAGGAGAGCUGAACGCUGGAUUGUCCACAGCAGAAACCGAUUACGCAAAAAGAGGAGAUGGCAAAUAAAAUAAAAAUUAAAAAAAAGAAAGAGAUGAAGAAUGAUUGAAGCCAGACCAGUUGUAUUGUUCUGUUAGUUGCUGUGUCUCUUCUCUGGGAUCAUUGUGCCUUUAUGAAAUUGGUAGCAUGAAAUGUUUUCAAAAAGUAAAAUUAAAGAUCGCAUACUGUAUUACUGUUACAGGUUCUCAAAGGAACCAUUUUGGAAAAUGGGUUUGGAGAAUUAGAUGACGAGAUUGACACCACAUUACAGCUGUCUGGUAAAUAUGAAGCCAUCGUCAGCAGCCGGUUAGCUUAGCUUAGCAUAAAGCCUGGCUCUGCUUAAAGGCCACUAAAUCUGCCAAACAGCACCUGUAAAGCUCACGUUACAUUUCAUUUGUGUGAUGCAUACAAAAACAGAAGUGCAAAAAAAUAACAACUUACAAGUUUUAUACUUUUCGAGGAGUUAUUUUGUUCUUCUGGGAGUCUGCAUUGGUUGCCUGGCAACUAAUCGGCCGUUUAAUCGCUCAAUAGUACCAACACGAGCUUGAUGUCAGUUUUCUCGCUCAUGUCACAAUGUCAAAGUAUUCCUUUAAUAUCUUAAAUGCCAUUUGAUUUAAAGAUUGAUUAGAAGUGACUGCCUUUGCUAUGAGUUAAUAAACAUUAUAUACUGUUGGUUUGGUACUCAGCUUGUGAAAUAGGCUUUGUGUUCAGUAUUGAAAUGUUCAGUCAUUUUGUCUAUUUGAUUAAAAAAAAAAAUCCUGCAGCUCUCUUCAGUAAAUGCUAAAAAAAAUUCAACACUUUGACCUCACAAAUCUGCACCUUGAAUCCAUCCUAGUUCAUUUUGACUUCUGUUUAUUAUAUUUUGAGCUGAACAGCCUCCCAGAAUCUCACCUGCUGUGAUGUUGUCAUCGUCCAAUGAACCCAUGAAAAACCUAAAAGUAAUCACCGGUUACAGGAACGAGGUCGGAGAGCUUCAGUUGUGUGUUUUUCUUUUCAUGUAGUUGCUCAGUAUGUGUGAUUUUUUUUUUUGACCACAAGCCAUUAAUCUGAGAGCUUUCUUCUUGCAAUUGCCUUUGACUUUUCUUUGUGAUCAUUAUCAAUGAAGUCUUUUUAUUUUUUAACUUUUUUGCGAUUCAUUUUAUAAAGAAAACGACUUUGGCUUUUCAUGUUUUGGCUUCGAUGCAUGUUGUAUUGAUUGAGUUCUCUUUUUAUAUGUUUCAUAUUCGAUACAGUAUUGUUUUAUAAAAGUGUUUCUCAAGGCCCUAAUUGUACGUAUUUUCUAUGAACAUUUUGUAUUCCAUGUUUAUACUUUUAGUAGAUUUAUAUGUAAAUGUAAUAAAUUGGCUGAUACAAAUGUU